AUGUCUUCUGACCAGCUUAAAUCAGUCGGAAUCGCUACGCUCAAGGGUAUAGGUAAAGGAUCCAAGGCCCUAGGCAAAGCGGGGUAUCAAACAUACAAAAAGAGUGAAGCAAAAAGAAAGGGAACCGUAUAUGUCGAGCCGACUAAAGGUAAAGAUGAUCAUGAUCAUGAUCAUGAUCGUCAUCGCUCCGACGAUAGGAGAGACGAAUUUGAUGAGCACCAUUCCGGUUCACGCUCAGCAAGACCGUUACCAUCAAAGGAACAGUUGCAGUCGUUUCAACCGCCUCCAAGGAGAAAUGUGGAUGCUACAGGUGCACCCAAACGUCAAAGUGAGCCAUCCAGGUCUAGUACUUAUCGACAAACAAACCAAGGGCAACAAUACCAAGGGCAACAAUACCAAGGGCAACAGAACCAAGGGCAACAGAACCAAGGCUAUCAUGAGCAUGCUAUACAAACACAACCCUCUUAUGCUCAGGGUCAAUUAGCACAAACACCAAACUAUCAACAGACACAAUACUCCAAUCCACAGAACCAACAACAAGUAGAACAAGAUUCACAAUGGCCAGCAAAUCCACCAUCGUAUACACAAUCCCAUAUUCAGCCUACUAAUCAUUUGCACGCACAACAACAAGCGGGCACGCCACCGGUCUACGGUUCCAGAAAUUACUCUACCCUGUCUUUCCAAGCUGACACAAACCAACCGGGAGUGGGAGUAGGAGUAGGGGCAGGAACAGGAACAGGAGUGGCUGCGCUAGUACCGCCUGCCUUACCAGAACGCGCUUCAUCAUAUACUUCCGUGGCUACCAGUGGAGAAAGUACUUCCACUUCAGAUUCUGGGUACAAUGCACAUGCACUGCAAUCUGAAGUUUACAGUAACACAUAUACACCUUUGAAAAAAUCGAAGCCGGAUUCUUUUUCAUCCGAGUCAUCUCUGACUAGGGAUGGCCCUGCUCGUCCUGUAUCUAGUAGAAUAUCUUCAAGUACGAGCUAUUCAAGCAGAACCACCAAUUUGGCGGCAACAGCUUUAGGAAGACCGCUGUUAGAUGAUCACGACCUGGCGCCACCCCCUUUGCCCUCGAGGAACGGUGCCAAAAAUAAAGCUGCGUUUAAUCACGUUAUUCAUGAAAGUCAGCUGGAUACAAAUUUAUCCAAGCCUAAUCCACCACAAAAGUAUAGGAUCAGUAGGGACCUGACUCCAUGGAAUGAAGACACCGAUGAAGCACCUCCAAUGCCGGCUCGUCGUCGAGGAAAGGAGGAUAAUGAAUCACCUCCACCACCACCCAUGCCUGCAAGAAGGAUAAAUGUUAACAAACAUUAUCAAGAAAAAGCACCUCCUGUACAACUGCGCUCUGUUGGAGAAGAAAGAGAACAAGUUUCACCAGCAUCUUCAGAACAAGAUUACAACAAUGUACAGAAAAAGAUUCCUCCACCAAAGCCAGCUAAAAAGAUAAUUGUAGACGGAAGUAGUGCUACGGCUCCAAAGAAAGUUUCCGAUGUGCUGAGUGAGUUGGAAAGUAUGUUUAAAAAAAUGAAUGUUGGACAAGAUGUAGAUUCCAAGCCGAAGCUCAAGAUUCCUGCGCCUUUGAUCAAACCCAGACCAGCUAUUAAACCGAAACCGGAGAUCAAAGCAAAACCAGAGAUUAAAGCAAAGCAUGUACUUAGAAGUACAUCCGAGGAUAAUAACACACUGGACCACCAUCCUGUGUCGAGAGCAGCCUCACUGUCACCGUCACUGUUACCACCGGUUCCAAAAGCCAGAAACUAUGCAAGAUCUGCAAUGACUCUUCCGCCAGCUGUCAACAAGGGUCCUCCAGAGUUAGAUUUGGAAUUAUCAACGUGUUGGUUUGCAAACACACAGAGUGGCUUAAACUUGCCAACCUCUUUACGUGGAUUGAAUUAUCAAACAAGUCACCUGUUUACGUCAACGGGACCCUUACAAAAAAAUACUAGAAUUGUUACAGCUCGAUUGAAAGAUUUAUCAAUCAUAUCAUACAAGUUUCAAUGGACUUCCAAUGAUCCACAAAACGUGAAAACAUCUAUAGAUGCUUUUGUUGAGUCGCCGCUUUUGAAUGCACCAACUAAGCAAGCACUUUUUUCUUAUCAUCAGCAAUUUGGUGAGCACAUUGCUGCAUGGUGUGAGUAUCAUAUUGGGCAGAAGGUAGGUAGCGGAGAAUGUUGGGAUUUGGCCAAGUUUGCAUUACAAAAGGGUUGUGGCAAUCAUGCGUUUGUUUCUCAAUAUUACACGCAUGGAUUCCCUAUUUUGCAAAUCACUAGUAACGGCUAUGGUGUGCAAUUUUUAAACGGAACCUCACAACUAGACGAAAUAAGACGUGGUGAUAUACUACAAUUCAAGUCCUGUAAGUUUGUUGAUGCAAAAUCCGGGAAUACCCAAACCGCAGGAAUGCCUGAUCACACGAGUAUUGUGAUUCAGAAUAAUAAUGACGAUGACAAAUUACUUGUUCUAGAACAGAACGUUAAUGGUGUUAGAAAAGUAGUACAAGGCGAGUACGUUCUUAAGAACUUGAACGCUGGAGAAGUAACCGUGUAUAGAGCUAUGCCCGCAGAAUGGGGUGGCAGUUUGAACCUUGGAUAG